GUCGGUUGUGUUGGCGUCACAUUUUGUAUGCGAAAGCAAGCGCAGCACACGUAGUUAACAAAUUCAACAAAAAAAAAUCAACAAAAAAUUCAAAUAGCCAAAUUAACCACGAAGCAUAGACAAAAAUUUCUAUUGUCUUAUUUAUUGUAUACAAUACAACAAACCGAGAAAGAAAAAUACAAUAAGUUUUAUGUUUUUUUUUUUGUUUUAAUAUGUGUACUAUAUCUUUGGCACUCGUCGUCGUCGGGGCCGGAGAAUUGAGCGGCGGCGUGUCUAAGAAAAGUGUUUAAGAAAAUGCUCAAAGCAAGCAACAGUAACCGAAACAGAAACAGAAACGGAAACAGAAACAGAAUCCGCCGAAUUCGUUUUCGCAUUCGCAUUCGAAUCAUCUGUUCAGAUACAUGAAAAGUGCCGCCUACAAAACAAAACUUGACAGCAACAGCAACAACAACAACAACUAGAACGGCAGCAGCAACAGCAUAACAUAUUAUUCGUAUGUAUGAGUGUAUAGCCAAAAGAAAUUAAAUUAAAUUCGCAAACGGAGCAACGGCGCAAAAAUCAAAUUAUAAUUGCAUAUACACACACACACACAACAACUACACAUCUAUGUACUACAUACAUACAUACAAGUGUAUGUGUGCUCUAUGUAAAAUAACUUUGUGCUCUGCCCAACCAAAGUGUCGUCUACGUGCGUGAGUCCGUGUGUGUGUAUGUGUGCGUGUGCGGGCGUGCGUCUGUGUGCGUGUGCGUAUAUUUCAUGUGAAAACACUUUUGUUGUUGUUCUUGGCACACACACACACGACAUUCAUACAGAAUUUUUUUGCGCGCGUUUCCACUAGUGUGCGAGUGUUUCAAAUUUUUUUUGUUGUGCACUUUUUUUUUGUCGUGUUAAAGGUUGCAGCAGCACCAUCGCGAGGGCAACUGUUGCACAAACUCAAUCAGAGAGCGAGAGAUGGCAUAAAAAAAUAAAAGCUACAACGCAGCAGCAAUAACAAUAACAAACAACAACUACAACAACCACAACAACAGCGACAACAGCAGCAGCAGCGAUUGCGCGCCUUUUUUAUGCAUACACACACAUACAUUUGCAUUAAUGUUAUUGUGUGUGUUUAACUUUUUUUUUUGGAUUUUUUUUUUGUUACUCUCGUCUCUGCAUAAUAAAUGAGACAGAGAACAACAACAACAACGGCAACAACAACAGCAAUAGUAACAACUAAACACAUGUUGAUGUGUGUUGUUCAAAUUUCAAUUUAGUUAGAGAAAAGCAAAAAAGGCGCGCCCAGAUAAGAUACAGUUAGGCGGAAGAGCCAGCAACAACAAGAACGGCAGCGAACAGCGACUGCGACGGCGACAGCGACUGCGACAGCAGCUUCACCUGCCAAAGCAAAGCUUACAGUCUCAGAAGACGACAAAACUAACAUCAUCAGCAGCAGCAGCAGCAGCAGCAACAACAAACCGCAGCGGCAGCAGAAGAAGAAAAAGAAGAGAAGAGCAGCGCAGAGAAGAGCAGAGCAAAAAGCACAGCUAGAAUUGCGCUGCGACGGUGGCGACGACAGUCGCUGAAGAAUAUGCGACUGUCACACAUGUGUUGUUCUACAGCCUCAACAGCAGCAACAGCAGCAGGUGUGUCUGUGUGUGCGCGCGCGUCUCUGUGUGUGUGUGUUACAUAUUUGCAGCGACAACAACAACUAUCAGCCACUUUGUAAAUGAAAGCAAAACACACACAACAACAAAAAAAAAACCGAAAACAAACGAAACAAGAAAAACAAAAAAAAAACCCACAAUGUUAUACAUGCUUGUAAAGUGGCAUUAAAUUGCAACAAUAACAAAAAUCAACAACAGCAGCAACAGCAGCAGCAGCAACAAUAAUAAUAAUAAUAAUAAUACAUGGCAACAGCGCCCACCAAGUGUCAAUAAAACAACAACUAAAGCAACAACAACAACAGAAGCAGAAGGUUGCUCGAACUCGAAUUCGAAGUUAAAGACGAAGUCGAAUUCGAAUUUCAGUCUUCUUGCACCGCCGCCGGCGGCAAUCUUCAAAUUUUUGUGUCAACGCUGCACUUUCGAGCCUUGUGUCUUCGGCUAACGGCAUUUUUCGUAUUUAUUUAUUUUAGUUUUUUUGUUCCAUUCGUUUCAUUUUCAAUUCAGUUGUGUGUGGAUUUUUUUUUGCUGUUGUUUUUUUUUGUGAGCGGGAGGGGAAUGUGUCUCAAUUGUUGUUAAGUGAAUGGUGCGCUCGCAAAAAAUAAUAAAAAAAAAAGAAAAAAUCAAAUAAAAUCAGAAAGCUGAGUGAAUGCAGUGAAUCAAUCAAAUCCAUCAACAAUCGCCGCAUCUCAAUUUUGCAACUGCAACAGGAGCAACAGCAACAGUAACAGCAACAAUAACUACAACACAACAGCAACAUGGAUUGUGAUUAUUCGAAAUUUCUAUACAAAAUCGGACCCGGCACCAUACCAUCUCCGUGGGCACCAGUGAAUGCCGGUCCUCCUGGUCCACUGGGAUCGGCAGACACAAAUGGCAGCAUGGUGGACAGUAAAAACUUGGAUGUUGGCGACAUGAGCGAUGACGAAAAGGAUUUGUCAUCCGCUGAUGCCGAGGGAGUCUGGAGUCCGGACAUUGAGCAAAGCUUUCAAGAAGCACUGUCAAUAUAUCCACCAUGUGGACGCAGGAAAAUCAUAUUGUCCGAUGAGGGCAAAAUGUAUGGGCGCAACGAGCUAAUCGCGCGAUACAUCAAAUUGCGAACCGGCAAGACGAGAACCCGUAAACAAGUGAGCUCUCACAUCCAAGUGCUCGCCAGACGGAAACUCCGUGAAAUCCAAGCCAAAAUCAAAGUCGAACCCAAUGGUGUGUCCUUGCAUUUACUCAAUGAGAAAGAGCAGACCCUGCAGGCCAUGAGCUCCAUGACCAGCUCACAAAUUGUCUCCGCCCAGGCGGCCAAUAAUCUUGCCCUGGCUGCCUCAGCGCUGACGGCGGGCGUGCACCAUUCGAAGCAUCUGCCGCAUCCCGCCCACCACAGUCACAGCCACCCAAGCCACCAUCACCACAGUCACAGCCACCCAAGUCACCUCCACCACAGCCACAGCCACCCAACACACCACCACCACAGUCACAGCCAUAGCCAUAGCCACCAACAUCCGCACCAUCAUCAUCAGAUGGGCGUGGCAGCUGCAGCCGCCGCUGCUGCCGCCGCCGCCGCUGCAGCUGCGGCCGCUGUGGCUCAGUCGCCGGCAAGUGGUGGUGCAACGACUGCUGCUGCUGCGGCUGCUGGUGGCGCCACAUCCAAUGCUGUUGCAGUGGCGUCGUCGUUGUCGCCACGACACCACAACAAUGCCCACCAUUCCCAUCACAAUCUACCGCACCACCUGCAUCUGCACCAUCAUCAGCAUGCAGCAGCGUCCGUUGCAGUCUAUCACCUGCAACAACAACAACAACAGCACCAGCAACAACAACAACAACAGCAGCAGCAUUCGAGUGGGGCAACAGCAGCAGCAACAACAACAACGACAACAGGUGGCGUGUCACCAACUGUGGCUGAUGGUGGUGGGGGGGUUGCGGCGGCACAUGUGUUGGCAAGGCAACCGCCACCGCCGCCGUUGCACCAUCCGCCGUUGUAUCCGGGCCAAUUUUGGCAACCCGGUCUACAGCCGAGCACAUCGCAAGAUUUUUAUGAUUACAGCAUCAAGCCCUUCGCCCAAGCGCCCUACACACCUGGCAAACCCUCGACGGCGGUGUCCGGCGAAAUCGAGGCCGGUAUUCCGUCCGCACAGUUGCCAUGGGAGGGACGUGCCAUUGCCACGCACAAAUUCCGCUUGCUCGAGUUUACGGCCUUCGUGGAUAUCCUCAGAGACGAGAUCUAUCACCGACAUCUUUUCGUGCAGCUAGGCGGCAAGCCAUCCUUCUCCGAUCCGCCACUUGAGACUGUUGACAUUCGACAAAUAUUUGACAAAUUCCCGGAGAAAUCCGGCGGUCUCAAAGAUCUCUACGAAAAGGGUCCACAGAAUGCGUUCUACCUUGUCAAAUGUUGGGCGGAUCUCAACACGGACGUAACGACUGGCAACGAAUCGGGUGAUUUCUAUGGCGUCACAAGCCAAUAUGAAAGCAAUGAGAACAUUGAGCUUGUGUGUUCGACAAUCGUUUGCUCCUUUGGCAAACAAGUUGUGGAAAAGGUGGAGAAGGAGUAUUCACAUCUGGAGAAUAAUCGCUACGUGUAUCGCAUUCAGCGCUCGCCAAUGUGCGAGUACAUGAUCAAUUUCAUACAGAAGCUGAAGAAUUUACCUGAACGCUAUAUGAUGAACAGUGUGCUCGAGAAUUUUACAAUAUUACAAGUAAUGAGAGCGCGUGAAACGGAAGAGACACUGCUAUGCAUAGCGUAUGUGUUUGAAGUGGCGGCGCAGAACACGGGAACCACGCACCACAUCUAUCGCCUUAUAAAGGAAUAGCAUGAGCUGCACGAA